AUGGCAGACACAGCGCCUGUUGCUGCUUCUACGACCAAAAAGACCUAUGCCGGUCUCAAUGGCAGACCACUCGGCCUUCUGGUUUCAACCAUUGCUACCACGGGUUUCCUGCUCUUCGGUUAUGAUCAGGGAGUCAUGAGUGGUAUUAUCAAUGCAGACCCCUUCAACAACUACUUCCCCUCUACCAAGGGUGAUGCCGUCUACCAGGGUUUCGUGACUGCCAUUUAUGAGAUUGGUUGUCUGCUGGGCGCCAUCUUUAUUUUGACCUUUGGAGAUAGGACUGGUAGAAGGAGAGCUAUGAUGCUGGGCGGCAUAAUCAUGAUUCUCGGUGUUAUUGUCCAAAUCUCUGCUGUCAAAGGCAGCCAUGCUACCGUUCAAUUCAUUAUCGGGCGUACCAUCACAGGUGUUGGCAAUGGCAUCAACACAUCGACAAUCCCAACUUACCAGGCAGAAUGUAGUCGAUCAGCCAAUCGAGGACUGCUCAUCUGUAUUGAGGGAGGUAUCAUUGCCUUCGGAACCGUCAUUGCUUACUGGAUUGAUUACGGUGCGUCUUACGGUGCGGAUAAUCUGACCUGGAGAUUCCCUAUUGCCUUCCAAUGCGUAUUCGGCAUUGUGUUGAUUGUCGGUACUUAUUUCUUGCCGGAAUCUCCAAGAUGGCUUGCGACCAGGGACCGUCACGAGGAUGCCAUUGAUGUGAUCGCUGCCCUGAACGGUCUCGAGUCCAACGAUGACGAGGUCAAGCUUCAACAUACCUUGAUUGUGGAGAGUAUCACAGCAUCCGGUCACGUGAACGGCCAAGCUGUUCCAUUCUCCGCACUCUUCACCAAUGGCAAGACGCAGCAUUUCCGCCGCAUGAUGCUCGGAGCCUCGUCUCAAUUCUUCCAGCAGUUGGGUGGCUGCAACGCCGUCAUCUACUACUUUCCAAUUCUCUUCCAAAAGUCCAUUGGUGUGUCGACCAACCUGGCGCUUCUCCUCGGUGGUGUCAACAUGAUCGUGUACGCCAUCUUUGCCACGACCUCGUGGUUCAUCAUCGAACGUGCUGGUCGCCGCAAGUUGUUCUUGUGGGGAACUGUUGGCCAGUGCUUGUCCAUGGUUCUCGUCUUCGCCUGUCUGAUUCCCGACUCGGGAGUAGGACCUAGUGCCAAGGGAGCUGGUGUCGGUCUCUUCACUUACAUUGCCUUCUUCGGUGCCACUUGGCUGCCACUGCCUUGGCUAUACCCAGCCGAGAUCAACCCUCUGCGGACCAGAUCGCGUGCCAAUGCCGUGUCUACCUGCAGCAAUUGGCUGUUCAACUUCACCAUUGUCAUGGCUACUCCUGUCAUGAUUGCCAACAUCAAGUGGGGUACCUACCUCUUCUUCGCCGCCGUCAACGCGACCUUCAUCCCUGUCAUCUACCUCUUCUACCCCGAGACCCGUCGUCGCUCUCUGGAAGAGAUCGAUCUCAUCUUCGCCAAGGGAUACCUCGAGAACAUCAGUUACGUCAAAGCCAGUUUCGACAUGCCGUACCUCAAUGACCGCGAGAUUGAGGCCAUGGCGAGAGAAUACGGCUUUACUGAUGGAGACGAGGAGUUCAAGGUCGGCGAGAAGGUGGUUGAGUCGGACAGUGAGAAGCCGACUACAAGUGACAAUGAGGGCUUACAUCAGCGACAUCAGCAUGAUGGUUUGAGAAACGAUUAG